CUUUCGUCGCCCCAACCCGUCAAUGCUGCGUCUACACCUGCGUCUGUCCAUCUGUCUUCGUCUCUACCCUUUUCCCUUUUGCCUCCCCCAACGUCAAAGAUUGAUUCUACCGAAUCAUCUCGCGGCAGAGGGUAAAAGUCUGUUGCCUCUGUAUCUCUCUCACCAAGUCAUUCUUUUGACCCUCCCUCCGUCCUUCCUUUACCUCAGUCACACACUCCUUGCUUGCUCGACGGUCGAUCCGUCGCAACAACACAGAUACACCCGUUACAUUCCUUGACCGACGUGUUUGCGCUGGGCUUGCCAUCCUUCUCUCACGGCACCACAGCCAGACUCCGUUACCUUUCUACCAAUCCUUUCUUCUCGCGGACUGAGUCCUGCGUUGACCGUUCGAAAUAAAACACUCCUUCACGGACAAACAUUCAAUUCGAAUUCAGAAGUACCGACACCCAAGUCAAAGAACUUCGAGACACAAACAAGGUGAUACAUAGGCAGGCAACCGAGAAACAGAUUUGCCUACUGAAAUAAAUAUUGUGGCUUUCGGAAACAACUUCAGUUAAAAGCCGCUCCUCACAACAUCUUCGUUUCCGUUCGUCAUGUCUGCUACGAUGUCCCUCGCUCGAGCCUUCACCAAGCGCACCAAGCGCAGCGCUGAUCCAAUGACUCCCCAACGAGGCACAAGUGUCAGAUACCCUCAAGGAACCAUCAAUCGGAGUCUCAUCUCCCUGCCUACCGAGUUGAUUUCGACCACCAAUGUACAGGCUUUGACGGCUCCCGACAUUCGAAGUAUCUCGACUUCUUCGGCCGGUUCUGUCUCCUCUGCCAACGACUCGGAUUUCUCUACCAUUGAUCGAAGUUUCCUCAACCGUUCCAGCAAUGACUCUUCCUCCAUCGACAGCAGUGGCCCCGCUACCCCAGUUACACCCGCGACGGAUGAUGUCAAAUCCUUCUUUGACGCGAAGCAAUCUGCUGCCAUCCUCCCUACGGCCGCUACACCGUCUCCCAUCGACGCCCCUGCCAUCCCACAACGUGCUCCGUCCCAUUCCAAAAAGGCACAUGUGGAAUUGUCUCGGAAGAAAUCGAUUCAACGCAUGUCGCCUCCUCCUUCAAGUCUCACCAAGCCAUCCGUCCGAAAUAGCGUCGAGAUCUUCAGUUCCUCUCUCGACCCAGAGCAUCCAUUUGGACGAGAGUUGGCCCAAGUCAAUGAGAUUGCGGAAGAGUUCGGUGCUACUGCCAGACUGUUGGAUGAGGAGGAGCAAGAGAUCAUGAACAAGGGGCUGUGCAAGUUCAACGUGGAAGAUUACCUUGAUGAGAUAGCCGGUCUCUACGGUGGUAUUUUCGAGGACCAACUUGGCUCUCUCGCAAAGCCGUGGAUCUGAACAAGAUCACUGGGAAGUCGAUGGCCUUGACCUCGACUCGACAACUUUCACGACUUUACGACUCCUAGCUGGUGUCCGGGGACAAGCUGGCUUCCCUUGACUGACUGGUUUGCCGACAAUGGUGUUUUCUCAAUGGGAAAUGUCGAGGACUCCUCUUUAACUCGACCGCACCCUUCUGUGGACAAGAUGUGGCGGAUUUUUUCCUUUCACAACACUAUUCUUGUGCUGGUAUGAAUAUGUUUUGUUCAGCAAUCGACAUACUGAAUGUGGUCGCUGGGAUGCGCCGAAUCUUCGUGGUGGCGCUGUCAUUGAUCUCUGGAGUCUGUGACUUCCAUGGAGGGUGGCAGCGUCAAUGCAAAUGUUAUCUUGCUCCGCGGAGAGGGAUGAGGAUUUGAGCGCUGAUGUCGAGGCAAGACGAUUUCGAGCUGACUUGUGCACAACUUGAAGAUGGUGUCGAAAUGGAGCGGAAAUGGGUUCUUUUCUAUUCAGAUUUCGAGCCAGUCCAGCAACAAUAAAACUAAGGCGGAUGCCUGUGUCUUGCAGAAACAGCGAAUCGCAAUUACAUUAGCUACCAGUGAUUUGUCAUGCGACUUAUCGUGGCCUUAUAGUCCGUAUAUCAUGACCUGUGUAUCAGCGUACCACUAUUGUGUAGUGCCGCCAGCCAUUUGCAUUCUCCUCUUACAAUUCGU